AUGGGGAAAGACGAAUGCAAAACAAUGCUGGACGCGCUGAAUAAAGUCACCGCCUGUUACAGACAUCUGGUCAUCGCUCUGGGCAGCACCUCGGACUCACAGAACCUGCGGGAGGAGCUGAAGAAGACCCGCAAAAAGGCCCAAGAGCUGGCCGUCGCCAACAGGACUAAACUGACCAGUUUGCUCAAAGACAAAACUAUCAGCAAGGAGGACCGCGCCGAGUACGAGCGGCUAUGGGUGCUGUUCUCCAGCAGCAUGGAGCUGCUGGAGGUGGACAUGAAGAGGUCCCUGGAGAUCGGCCAGGACUUCCCCCUCAAGGUCCCCACGAGGCACCUCAUCCAGACGGGGAUGACCGGAAGCACCACCACGGUGGCCGCCCGCGCCAUGAGCGUGCAGAACAUGAAGUACGAAGCGGACAGCAACAUCGACACGGCCGACCUGAGGGAGCUGCAGGCUGAGAUCGGCCAGGUGGGGCAGAUGAUGGAGGAGAUGGAAAUGAAGGUGCAGGUGGCGCCCUGGGCGGUGGAGGCGAAGCAGGAGGCGGGCGCUGAGCUCAAGUCCAACCUGAGCGUGGGAAACUCCUCCGUCGGUGUCAUCUCCAUCUGCGAGGAGGAGCCCAAAGACGACGAGGGAGGAGAGAGGGAGACCAACUUCGCGUCGUUUUGCGCCGUGAUCGUGUUUUUCGUCAUCGUUACCGUCGCCGGCGUUUUGGGAUACCUGGUGAUCAACAUGUCCUGA